AUCUACAAAAUUUGGGAAGAUCCUGCAGACUGCAGUAAUUUUAAAGUGAAGUAAAAUAGUUUUUUUGCAGAUUAAAUUAAUUAAAAUAGUAAUUGAAAAUACCAGAAAGGUGUGUAUCGCGAAUUUUUGAUAAGAAUACGUUUGAUAUGGUGUUGCUAAUACAAAAAAACUAUAUAAAGAAAAGUGCAUAAAAAUUUUGUGUGUGGCUAAGGUGUGGAAGUUAGUAAAUUUUCAUUCGGGACGUUCGCUAAUGACCCGUGGCAUAUAUUUCAUAUAUGACUGAUUUCAAGUAAUAGAUAUAUUAUAUAUACAAGUUCUCUAUUAAAAGUCUUAUAAAUUAAAAUUUUGGAAAUUGGGAAUAUGAAAUAUAAAACAAAAUUAUGUAAAUGAUUUCUGGCAUGAAGAAUUUAAUUUUGGUAAAUAAUAUUGAACAAAUUGUCGUUAUUUUUUUGGAGAAUCUGAUUUUAUGCAGUCGAAGAAUGUGUAAGAUUCGUUUUCGUAAAAAUAUGCGCACUAUAGCACUGCUCGAUCGCAUUGUAUCGUGCAAAAUGGCAAAUUUCCAACGUUCUUCUUUAUGCUUUUAUUUAUUAAUGGAAGUACAUAACUUGCUUUUGGCUGGUGACAAAUGUUCACUAAGAGAACUUUAUUACAAAGAUCCGGCCAAUAAUUGCAAAACUACCAAUAUUUAUACCAGUUUAAAAGAUGUCUGUGAACUUUUACGGACAACACCAUGGAAUUUGGGCAUAUCCGCAUCUGGAAAGGGGUUAAUUGCAGGUUCAAUACGUUUGCUUAUGAUAAAUGGUGACAUGAUCGACUGUUAUACCCAUUCUGGUGCUGUUUUACUACCACAAGAUCAUAAUGCUAUCAAUCAUUUGGAAACAAGUGCAUCUUUUGUACUAAUUGUCGAAAAAGAUACCAUAUUUUCUAAAUUAAUAUCACAGAAAAUAUUUGAAACUAUUGGAAACGAUAUAAUUUUGAUUACUGGAAAAGGUUAUCCCGAUUUAUGUACGCGUCAUAUUGUACAUCGCCUUUCAGUUGAGCAUAAGCUUCCAAUCUAUGCACUUUGCGAUGCAGAUCCAUUUGGUAUCGACAUUUUAUUAAUCUAUCAAUUUGGUUCGCGUAAAAUGCCAUAUGACAUUUCAAAAAAUUUAAUUUGCCCCAGUAUGCAAUGGUUAGGUAUUCAUCCAACCGAACUGAGUAUGUUUAAUUUUUCAACUGUGUCGCUAAACGAAUACGAUAAUAGUAAAAUACAAAAUAUAUUGCGUUAUAAGUAUUUAAAACCUGCCAUACGUGCAGAAUUGCAAAUAAUGCAACUUUUGCAAAAGAAAGUUCAUAUUGAUGAAUUACAUUGUAUCGCACAAAAAUUUCUCAUAAAUGAUUACUUACCGAAUAAGAUAAAACGCAAUCUUGCCAUUUGAGGAAAUAUAGAAUUAGUAUUAAGUUCAUAUCAAUAGUAUAAUAUUGGUGGUAAAUCAAUAAAUAUUUGUAGUUAGCUCAUAAUUUAAGCGCUUGAUUUUAUUACGCUUUGCGGAAAUCAUAUAAGGUAUGCAUUGUUUGUGUUGUGCAUUGUCCUUUGUGUGCUAAUUUGAUUUAAAAUCUUGCUAUCGAUAAUUUAAAACCAAAAUGAAUGAACUUUAUACAUCUGCACGUUAUAAAGCUUAAAUCGGUCGGUGCUUGAAUACAGCGGCAAAAAAACAUAAUAUUAGUUGAAUAAUUUUUCCACCACAACGCGAAUACAACUCGGUUGAGAAAAUGUAAAAUUUGACUAAUAUGUUGUAAUUAUGAGCACAUCUUAGCCACAAUUGGAAAAGUGUUAAUUCCUUGAAAACAACUCUAUAAACAAUUUUUAACAAGUAUUUUGUAAUUACUCUUUUUCAUUCAUUUAAUUAUUUCAUAUCUUUUACAGAUGGUCGUUAAAUUUAUCUAGUAAUAUUGCAGCUAAGGCUUGGUGAACAUCUAUAUGUAAAAUUUCACAUUUUUGGUGUUCACUGAUGCCAAAAACUAAACAAAGUAUAAAGACUGUUGGUACAGCGUGAGGAGAGUUAUAGCAGCGAUAAAAACAGCAUUUGGCGAGGACAAAUACAAGCAUCUACAUUAUUACACUUACAGGCCGGGAAAAGGCAACCGUUUAAGCAAAAUUUUAUCCAUUUUUGUCUUGUGUUAGUUUAAGCUUAAGUUGGCGUUGUUUGAAAUAAAAUGUCUGCUACAAUGCGAGCGACAUUACAAACAGUUCCUGAAUCCCUACCAACCGAACAUGUGUCCGCCACAACGGAUGCGGCUGCGGUACCGUCAAACACCCCAACGACAAAUUCUUUAACGGCCACUACCUUAAACACUACGCAACAGCAGCAGCAGCAACAACAACAAUACAAU